AUGAACCCUCAAGAGCUCGCCGAUCAGCUAGCAGAACUCCAAAUCGAAUUCUCCUCAUUGGACUCGUCUCUCGUCGCGGCGAUACUUAGUGACACAGAGUCCCCCGCGGAAGCCCGAAAAACACUCGGGGAGCUCGCCCUACUCACCCAAGUCGACGACAGCGUCGAUAACAACUCCCCGGAACUGUCAAUCAGCGAUGAGACUGAUCCGACUACCUACUCGCUCUCCUCAUGGCGCAUAGAGGACGACGAGGAUGACGCUCUUGGGGCUAAAGACAAUGCGACAUUCUUGGGGUAUAUGUUCCCAUCGUUGUCGGCCUUUUCGAUCAAUGCAACCCUUGACAGGUGUCAAGGAGACCUCGCGCGCGCAACCGACGAGCUCCUCAAUCGCGUCUUCCUCGCGGAUGACCCUGAGGACGAUGUGGUGCGCGGCGUAGACGGCUUUGAUGCGGGUAUAAACGGCGGCUUAAAGGGGAAAAAGAAGGGCCGUAAAGGGCGCAAGAAUGGGAAAAUGCUUACCCUUGAAAACGACCCACCUAGUAGCCAGGUGCGCCUAACGGUAGGCUCCGCAAACACAAACACCAAUGACGCCCCCUCUAGAUGGGAGGAAAUGGCAUCUGAGAUAUCCUAUCUUUCAAACACCCUUGGUCUAUCUGAGAAAGUGGUUGGGGCGGCGUAUCGCCGCCAUAGUAGCGCACUUGGCCCUACAAUCGCGACUCUGCUGGAAGAAAAUUUCCCCAGCGGUGCUGUACUCGACCCAACGCACUUAGCCCAACUCCAAGAGCUAUCCGCGAGCUUUGGUGGCAGCGUGAAGCGCCGACACCUCGAGGCCCUGCUCCAUCUCUGUAGAGAGAACACACCAGCCGUCUUUAGACUCGCCGAUGUUCUCAGCCUCGAACCCAAACCCACUGUCCAAAUCGUGAGCGCCACCACCCCUACCACCCCCAAAUCUCCUCGCCCCAUUCCCCUCAACGGCUGGGUCGCCGUCGGCGGCUCCUCCGCCGCCCGCUCGGUCCCCAACUCCCCACCCGUCUCCCCCCGCUUCCAGCAGCCCCGCCCGCUCCAAAACCUCUCCGCACAGACCACCGCCCGCAACGAAGCCUUCGCCAAAGCUGCCGCCUCCUACCGCAAGUCCAAAUCCGACCACCUCAUGGGCGGCGCCGCCGCCUUCUACUCGGACGUUGGCCACAGCCACCACGCCGCCGUCAAGAGCCUACGCGAGGAGGCCGCACACCAGUAUGUCACGGCCAACAGCACGCUCAACAACCUCGACCUGCACGGCGCAACCGUGGCGCAGGGCGUGCGGUUUGCGCGCGAGAGGACCACAGACUGGUGGGUGCGGCAGCGGCGCGAGCAGGAGCUUGCGGGCGGCGGCAGGCGUGAGGUCACGCCGUUCCAUAUUGUGUGUGGCGCGGGGAGACACAGUAAGGAUGGGAUUCCGCAGCUGCUGCCGGCGGUGACGAAGAUGCUGGUGAAGGAGGGGUGGAGGGUGGUGUGUGAUCAUGGGAAAGUUGUGGUGGUGGGUGUCAGUGGGGUCAGGGCGAGGCAGAGGAGCUUAUAA